GGGGUCUGCUUCCCCCAUCCCGGGACCUACAUGAAGCUCUUGGUCCUGCUGGUUUGCAGCCUCCCGGUGUGGAGGGUGGGUGAGACGAGGUCGGAUGCUCCAGGAAAGUUGUCCCUGCUGGCUCCGGGAGCUCUCAGCACGAAGGAGACCUUCCUGGUGCUCUCACUGCACAACAAGUUGAGGAGCAAAGUGCAGCCCCCUGCUGCCAACAUGCAGAAGCUGGAGUGGAGCGAGGAGCUGGGGCGGCAGGCGGGGGCACGGGCAGCCAGCUGCCUGCAGGGCCCCGCUCCACCGCCAGCCCCACAGCUGGGCUGGAGCGAGGUCCUGCUGCCCACGGGCACGGGCGGCUUCGGGGCCGUGCUGGAGCUCUGGUUUGCCGAGGGACAGCGCUAUGACUACAGGACGGGGCGCUGCGCCGGCAAUGCCACCUGCCGCCACUACACCCAGCUGGUGUGGGCCACAGCGGGGCAGCUGGGCUGCGGCCGGCACCGCUGCCCCGGCCCCCACGGCCCCAGCGAGGCCUUCGCCUGCGCCUACUCGCCGGGGGGCAACUGGGAGGUGGCCGGGACGCCCAUCCUGCCCUACAAGCAGGGACCCUGGUGCUCCCUCUGCACCGCUGGCCUCUCUGGCUGCUUCAAGUCCUGGGACCACAGCGGCGGGCUCUGUGAGGUGCCCAGGAACCCCUGUCGCAUGAGCUGCAGGAACAGUGGGCGCCUCGACAUGAGCAGCUGCCAGUGCUCCUGUCCCCCCGGCUACACGGGCAGGUACUGCCAAGUGAGGUGCAGCGGGCAGUGCCUCCACGGAAGGUUCAGGAAGGAGGAGUGCUCCUGCCUCUGCGACGCGGGCUACGGAGGAGCUGAGUGCGGCACAAAGAUCCAUUUCCCAUUCCAUGCCUGUGACGUGCGGAUUGACAGCGACUGCUUCAUGGUGUCCCCUGAAGCCGACACCUACUAUGGAGCCAAAAUUAAAUGCCAGGAGAAAGGAGCGAUGCUGGCCCAGAUAAGAAACCAGAAGGUUCAGGACAUCCUGGCUUUCUACCUCAGCCGCUUGGAGAUGGGUAACAGGGUGACAGACACCGAUUUUGAGACUGGAAACUUCUGGAUCGGUCUCACCUACAAAACAUCCAAGUCUUCCUUCCGCUGGGAUGUGGGUGAGCCAUCCUCCUUCACCAGCUUUGCUUUUGGGCAGCCGGACAACCAAGGGUUUGGGAACUGUGUGGAGAUGCAAGCAUCAGCCGCCUUCAACUGGAACGACCAGCGCUGCAAGACCCGAAACCGGUACAUCUGCCAGUUUGCCCAGGAACACAUCGCCCUGUGGCAGCAGGAUCCCUGAGCUGGCA